UCAAAGACUACAAAGCAAUCAAUCCUCAACAUGCACCUCUUCACCUGAGUUGUGUCCUUAAUUUAUAAGGUAGUUCUAGGAAAACGGACAUAAACAUUUGCAAGAAAAAUAGAAGCUAGAAGACAAGAAGUUUUUUUUUUGACAAUGGCUGAUCUGUGUUUUGAAUAUAAAAUUGGAGGGAAAUAUAACUGACCCCUUAAGCUAGGAGAGCCCUCCAAGUGGCAGCAACAAAGAGAAAGUCCGCUUCCCCUUUUGGAUCCAUCCUGUUGUCUCAUAUGUCAACUGUACAAGCAGAAAUGGUCAAAAAUCAUGCAAAUAAUUUGGUAAUUUUUGUUUGAAAAAAAAAAGAAAAAAGAUACCCACAUUGAUUUAUAACUUUGAUUCAAGCAUUAAAAACCCUGACAAAAAACUUUGACAUUGUAACAGUCACAAUGGACAGAAACAGAAGGUAGUGAUGGAUUCAGGUCUGCCUGCUUUGAUGGCUUCUUCAAGGUUUCUGCCUCCUGGGACUUUGUUGGAGUCUCUGAUUCAUAUAUGCCAUGAAGUUUGUUCAAUGGAGAAGCUUCCACUAAUACAAAUAAGGAAUGUUUCGAUGACAAUAAGGAGGAUCAAGCUUCUUUCUUCUUUGUUUGAAGAAAUUCAGGAGACAAACUGUCCACUUCGUCCACCUUCAAUCUUAUGCCUCACUGAACUUUUCUCUGUGAUUAGAAGAGUUAACGUUUUGAUUCAGGGGUGCAAGGAUGGAAGCUCUCUCUGGGGGCUUUUACAGACUGAGAUAAUCUCCAAUCAGUUCUAUGUGCUGGUGAAGGAGAUGGGAAUGGCUCUUGAUAUUCUACCUUUGAGCUUGCUGAAUAUCACUAUGGAUACCAGGGAGCAGGUUGAGCUUCUUUACAAGCAAGCAAAAAGGGUGGAUUUGUUUGUUGAUACUAAAGAGCUUCAAAGAAGAGAUGAGCUUCUGGAAAUAAUGGCAUCUGAUGGUGAAAGAAAGAGCAAGAACAGAAGCUUCGUGGAUAUGGAGAAAGUGAAAGAAGUUUUGAGCAGCAUUGGAUUGAAAAGUCUAUUUGAUUAUGAGGGGGAAAUUUCUAAGCUUGAGGCAGAUGCACAGAAACAGGCAGGUACAGGAGGGUUGAUAGCAGUUUCCAAUAUAAACAAUCUGAUUUCCCUUGUUUCAUACUCCAAAUCCUUGUUUUUCUCUGGAGAACAGAAUGACAAGACUAAAGGAGACAUCAGGCAGAGGGGUGGAACUUAUGUUAACAGAAAUAUGAAUUAUUCUUCAUCUUCUCUAUCAAUGUUCCAGAACAUUCCUGAUGAGUUUCGUUGCCCAAUUUCACUUGACCUGAUGAGGGAUCCAGUGAUUGUAGCAUCAGGACACUCUUAUGACCGGAACUCAAUAGCUCAGUGGAUCAACUCAGGACAUUAUACAUGUCCAAAGAGUGGACAGAAGUUGAUUCACAUGGCCAUCACACCAAAUUAUGCACUGAAGAGUUUAGUGCAUCAAUGGUGCCAGGAGAACAAUGUCCCAUUGACAGAAUGUUCAUCUUCAGCUGCCCCACAGUUGGAGAGAAGUAAUAGCCAAACCAAAACACAUGAGAAUAUUGCCGUUGAUCACGUUUCUACUGCAAAAGCUGCUCUUGAUGCUGUCAAAAUGGCAGCUGAGUUUUUGGUGGGAAAACUAGCAAUGGGGUCUCCAGAGAUUCAGAGGCGGGCAGCUUAUGAGCUGCGACUGCUUGCCAAAAAUGGGAUGGACAAUAGAAGGAUAAUUGCUGAGGCAGGAGCCAUACCCUUUCUUGUGACAUUGCUAAGCUCCAGUGAUCCAAGAAUUCAGGAAAAUGCUGUCACUGCCUUGCUCAACCUUUCCAUUUUUGACAACAAUAAGAUCUUGAUAAUGGCUGCUGGAGCAAUAGACAGCAUAAUAAAAGUUCUGGAAUCAGGGAGAACCAUGGAGUCAAGGGAAAAUGCAGCAGCUGCAAUCUUUAGCCUGUCAAUGUUGGAUGACCACAAGGUUGCCAUCGGAGCUCGUCCCAGGGCAAUUCCGGCAUUAGUUGGGCUCCUCAGGGAAGGCACAGCAGCUGGAAAAAAAGAUGCGGCAACUGCAAUGUUCAGUCUUGCAAGAUAUGAUGAAAAUAAAUCAUCCAUUUUGUCAGCUGGGGGAGUACCUUUGCUCAUUGAGCAGUUGAUGGAUGACAAGGCAGGGAUAACAGAUGAUGCCCUGACCCUGCUGGCUCUGCUCUUAGGCUGUCCUGAAGGACUGAAGGAAAUAAAGAAAAGUCGAGUACUGGUACCCCUUAUUAUUGAUCUCUUGAGAUUUGGAUCUGCCAAAGGGAAAGACCACUCGAUCACACUGCUGCUGGGGCUGUGCAAAGAUGGAGGAGAGGAGGUCGCAGGCAGACUGCUGAUAAACCCAAGAAGUAUUCCCUCUCUUCAGAGUUUGGCUGCUGAUGGUUCAAUGAAAGCAAGAAGAAAAGCAGACGCAUUGCUUAGAUUAUUGAAUAGUUUCCUCCUCGUCCAACACAAUGCCGUCUUGAUUAGUUCUGCCGUUACCUCCGUUACUCAUAUCCCAACCCUCAAUCGUCUCGGCCAACGAGGAAAGCGCAGUCUUUCCCGUCCACAAAAGAAACCGUUCUCAAGUACAUGCUGUUGCCCAGCCGCAACCAAACACUCAAGGCCAAAUGGAAAUUGGGUAAUUCUGCCGGAGCACCUUGAGGAGGGAAAUUUCAUGGUGGAAAUUGGAAUCCGGUAUUGGUCCGGCCAUUUCAGCCCCUGUGUCUGAAAUCCGUUCCAACUUUCGUUUUGUUGGCUGUGUUUUCCGUUCAAGAUUUGUGCGGGUAACGCAACGGUGCCGUCCUGUACUGGACCUUAAUGGGCUCCCUUUUUUCCAUUUGUGGACCUAUGGUUUUCUGUAGUUCUAGUCUUCUAUUACUAUUAGGCCUUGGCGUUUUGGACUUGUCAAUUAAGUGGGCUUACUAUU